CAGACUCUCCUUCCCUCAGCUGGCCAAACGAAGGUGGGAGAAAAGCUGCCUGUUGGAGCUGAUUCACACUGAAGUGUGAGUGACUGAUAGCCCCGUGGCUCAGAGGGUGUCUGCCGUGCUUAUUUUGAAGAAGCGCAUCAGAGUAGGGGGGGGGGGUUGGGGACAGCCUUCCUUCCACACAUGGGCCUGGCCCCUCCCAGCAGACCAGCUCUUCCCUGCUGCUCUGGGAUCAGGCUUCCCCUGGUGCAGUGCUGACAGUGGCUGCACUGGGGGUGUUUAGCCUGCCUGAGCCCUGCUACAGCGUGGGAGCCAAGAGCCCACGGCGCUUGUCGCCCUGCGGGACCCCGAGUGCCUCGUAUCCUCUCUCUGCGCCUCGGCUUGCCCGUCUGUCAACACUGGUGACGCCUGUGCCUGCUGGCCAGGUGGCCAUGCUGAGUAAAGUGCCCCUCAUAAGUGGCCCUGGCCUGGGGCGAGGGCUCCGUGUAGGACUUCUGGAGUUGCGGUGUGGCUGACACAUGGGAGCUUCCUGAUGAGGCCGACUCUUGGCUCCCACCCACCCUGCUGACUGGCUCCCACCCACCCUGCUUCAUGGCGGCUGAGGAGAUGCACUGGCCUGUCCCCAUGAAGGCCAUUGGUGCCCAGAACUUGCUAACCAUGCCUGGGGGUGUGGCCAAGGCUGGCUACCUACACAAGAAGGGUGGCACCCAGCUGCAGCUGCUCAAAUGGCCCCUGCGCUUUGUCAUUGUCCACAAGCGCUGUGUCUACUACUUCAGGAGCAGCACAUCCGCCUCCCCGCAGGGCGCCUUCUCGCUGAGCGGCUACAACCGGGUGAUGCGCGCCGCUGAGGAGACAACGUCCAACAACGUCUUCCCCUUCAAGAUUGUCCACGUCAGCAGGAAGCACCGCACAUGGUUCUUCUCCGCCUCCUCUGAGGAUGAGCGCAAGAGCUGGAUGGCCUUGCUGCGCAGGGAGAUCGGCCACUUCCAUGAGAAGAAGGAGCUGCCUCUGGAGGCCAGCGACUCCAGCUCGGACACAGACAGCUUCUACGGAGCGGUUGAGCGGCCCGUAGACAUCAGCUUCUCUGCAUGCCCCGCGGACAGUGAGGACUACGAGCAUGAUGAUGAGGACGACUCGUACAUGGAGCCCGACUCGCCUGAGCCCGGGAGGCCUGAGGACGCCCUGGUCCACCCGCCGGCCUACCCCCCACCUCCUGUGCCCACGCCCAGGAAGCCAGUCUUCUCCGAUGUGCCUCGCACACACUCCUUUACCUCCAAGGGUGCAGGCCCCAUGCUGCCACCCCCGCCCCCUAAGCGCAGCCUCCCUGAUGCUGGCUCAGCCACUGAGGACUCCAAGAGGGACCUGCUGGGCCUGAAGCGGAUUGAACCCAGCCCCAGGGUGCCCACUGCCUCCCGAAGGAUGAGCGACCCCCCGCUGGGCAGCCCGCCCACCAUGCCCGGCCUCCGGAAACCACCUUGCUUCCCUGAGAACACCUUCCAUGAGAAUACCAGCCCCAGCCUGGAGCCCCGGAUCCCCAGCCACGGGGUCAGCUCUGCCAGCACGGCCACUGCCGUCUCCAGGAACUGUGACAAGCUCAAGUCCUUCCAUCUGUCCCCUCGGGGGCCACCCAUGCCUGAGCCUCCUCCCUUACCAGCCAACAAGCCCAAGUUCCUAAAGAUGGCAGAGGAGGUCCCGCCGAGGGAGGCAGCCCGGCCCGGACUCUUUGGGCCCCCUGUGGCCCCCAAGCCGCCUGCACUGAAGCUACCCAUGCCUGAGGCCACAGCCCGGCCCGCAGUCCUGCCCAGGCCAGACAAGCCGCCCCUCCCCCAGCUCCAGCGGUCACCCCCUGAUGGGCAGAGUUUCAGGAGCUUCUCCUUUGAAAAACCCCGGAAACCCUCGCAGGCUGACUCUUCACAGGCCGACCCUGGUGGGGAGGACUCUGAUGAGGACUAUGAGAAGGUGCCCCUGCCUAGCUCUGUCUUCAUCAACACCACGGAAUCCUGCGAAGUGGAGAGGCUGUUCAAAGCCACAAGCCCCCGGGAAGAGCCCCAGGACGGACUCUACUGCAUCCGGAACUCCUCCACCAAGUCAGGGAAGGUCCUGGUCGUGUGGGAUGAAACCUCCAACAAAGUGAGGAACUACCGCAUCUUUGAGAAGGACUCUAAAUUCUACCUGGAGGGCGACGUUCUGUUCCUGAGCGUGGGCAGCCUGGUGGAGCACUACCACACCCACGUGCUGCCCGGCCACCAGAGCCUGCUGCUGCGGCUCCCCUACGGCUACGCCAGGCCCAGGUGA